AUGGAAAAAGUUGGUGCUUGGGACACAAAGAUUGUCAUCAGUGAGCUAACACAAGGUAGAGACCUUGCAAAUGAGCUGAAAAACCAACUUCAGCCCGCAAAAUCGCGCGAGGCAUGUGGAUAUUUGGUGGAGAAAAUACUUUCGUCUUAUAAUAAUGCAUUGUCAGUGCUCAACUGCAUGGCUUUUCUUGAAAAUCCUUCACAAAUUAAUGGCCUGUUGGGAUCUACUAGCCCAAGAAGCAGUGAGGGCUCUGAUCUUAUCGACUCUAAACGUGUCCUGAAGAAAAGAAAGAAAUUAGCAAAAUGGAGUGAGCAAGUGAGAGUUUGCUGGGGAACAGGACUAGAAGGCCCUCUUGAUGAUGGAUAUAAUUGGAGAAAAUAUGGGCAGAAAAAUAUUUUAGGGGCUAAAUUUCCAAGGGCUUAUUACAGAUGUACACAUCAAAACACACAAGGAUGUUUGGCAAUAAAACAGAAAGAAGAAGAAGACAUUCAAAGACAUGAAGCUCCACAGAAUAUGAUCAUUCUUAAAAAUGAAACUCAAGAAUUGGAUAUAAAGGAAGAAAUUUUCCCUUCCUUUGAAUUGUUUUCAGAGCCUAUGAAGGAAAGCAAUUUCUCAGCAAGUUAUUCACCUCCAUUUUUUUCUCCAACUACAUCCAAGUCAUAUUUCUCGAGGAUGAACGAUUUCGAGAUUCAUCACAAUUUUCAAACUUCAGAAUCGGAUUUCAGUGAGAUAAUUUCGAAUCCAGCAUCUGUCACUAACUCCCCCUUGGGAGAUUUGGAUUUUUCAACUGAUCCGGUGGAUUUCGACCCUAAAUUUCUUGACUCCAUAGAAUAUUUCUAG